AUGCAUUUCUCCGCCUUCCUCGCUUCCGUCAUGGCCACCAGUGCCAUGGCCUCUCCUCACUACAAGGUCGUCACCGAGUACGCCUACGUUACCAAGGUCGUUACCGCCGGCGCCGAGCAGCCCAAGCCAACCUUUGUUUAUGAGAAGCCUGCCCCCGUCGAGGUCAAGCCUACAACUCUCCGCUGGGUUAAGAAGCCUAGACAGACCAACGUCCAAGCCCCUCAACCCACAUACGUCUCGGCCCCUGUCGAGGACGAGGAGCCCGCUACUGAGCAGCCCGAGAAGAAGGAGCCUAGCUCCGGCUCUGGUUCCGGCUCUUUGACCGCCGACCAGCAGAAGGCUGUCGAUCUCCACAACGAGGCUCGCAAGGCUGUCGGUAACGGCCCUCUCGAGUGGGAUGACUCCCUCGUUUCCGGUGCCCAAGAGUGGGCUGACCACAUCGCCUCUCUCGGCAGCCUUACCCACUCCCAGGGUAAGGACGGUGAGAACCUCUACAUGGGUACCACCGACACCCCCUUCGCCGACGCCAUCGACGCUUUCCUUAGCGAGAAGAGCCUCUACAACGGCGAGACCAUCUCCGGCUCCAACUACAUGAGCUUCGGUCACUACACCCAGUGCAUCUGGAAGUCUACCACCAAGGUCGGCAUGGCUGUCGCCAAGGGCAACGACGGUGCUUCUUACGUCGUCGCCCGCUACCAGGAGCCUGGUAACAUGAUCGGCGACAAGCCCUACUAA